AUGGACAACUCCCUCGACACAACGACCCUUUCGACGGUUUCACUCCUCGAAUCACGACUGCUACGCAUCGAGCACCUUUUGUACGGCCCGGCCGCCGCGUCGCCUUCCUCCCAAACAGAAUCGGCUGUCGAAACGCUGGAAGACCUCGAACGCCGCUUCAACCACCUGCUGUCCCGUAUUCGCGUUUACGGCGAGCUGAUGAAGAUAUACAACUCCCAUCCAACUCUCUUCCAACCUCCCCCGCCCUCCGAACCACCUACCCAGCUCGCCCCGGAAGCAGUCCAAGCAACUGUUCUCGCAUCAGCAGCUUCCUUCCCGGCCACAGCUUCAUCAUUGACAUCUGUGAACGACUGCCCGAUCCCCGAACCCUCACAGAGCGCGGCUCUGGCCUCUCUCGUGCCCAAAAUGCGAGGUAUCGAGGCGACCCAGAUCGCCCAGGAGGCUGAAAUGGCCGAACUCCGCGCUCGGAGCGAGGAAGUCCUCAAGAGCUGGUAUCAAUACGGCGUCCUAGGCGCGUCCGAGUUUGUCGCCGAAGUUGAGGGCCGUGUGGAGCGGGUUGAGCGCCGUGUGCGGAGAGCCGAGCGAGAGAAGGAGGAGGCGGCUGCUAUUUGA